AUGGACCCUUCUCUUUAUCUUCAUAGAGGCUUCAUGCUUGACACAGGUCGCAAGUUCUUCCCCAUUGAAGCCAUUUUCGAAUUAUUGGAUGUUCUUCAUGAGAACAAUUUCAAUGUCUUCCAUUGGCAUAUUUACGACGCGGAGAGCUUCCCAAUGCACUGGCCAGAGGAUCGCGGCUUGACAAACGCAAGCAUCAAGCACAGUCACUGCUCAAAGUAUUAUACUCCAGAUGAUAUUCGCAGGGUUGUCGCUCACGCGCAGCGCUUGGGCAUUUGUGUUAUUCCUGAGACAGACGUGCCUGGCCACGCCGACAUAUGGGGAAAAUGGAAGAAGGACCUGGUGGUUGGCAAAGCAAACCUGAAACAUCCAAAAGCCCAAUUGGAUAUCAGAACCCAUAACCAACAGACCUACAGCCACAUAAGGGAUCUUGUCCAAACAACAGACAGAUACUUUGCAUCUCCUCUCCACCACUUUGGCGGGGAUGAAGUCGCGUAUAUGUGGGACACAGACGAUGAUAACAAGCUUUUCGAGAACUUCCUCAACUGGCUGAAAACCCUAAGCCCAAACAAGUCCCUCAUCCUAUGGGACGACCCACUCACCGACGAAGAAAAGGACAUCAAAAUCUCCAAGGACUGGAUCAUACAGACUUGGCACAACAGCGUCUCGCAAGAUGUGCUCGACAAGGGGCAUCGGGUGAUAGUCUCCGAGUCCGAGACGUUCUACAUCGGAAACUCAGACGAAGAGAAAAUUUUCUCCUUUGCUUUUCCGGACAGCCCGAAUGUUCUCGGCUUUGAACUUGUCUGGUUCACUUCGGAAGGAGAUGAUCCGUAUGACUUUCGUCAGGACUGGGUUAUGGAGCCGAUUCGAGCUGCGGCGCAGAUCCGUAAGCCCAAGUGUUGA